ACAAAUUAACAUCGGCCCCCCCUCAACUUCUGCGGUGGAACUUCCCCAGGCUUCAAGCAGAAGAAGGGAGAGAAAUAGCGUAGUUAGCGUUAUAUUCUUUAACGUUGGCGUAACAACACAAUAAUACAUCCAAGUUUGUAAUUACAAACAUAUGUUGUGCGUUUAAGUACCAGUCUAACUAAGGUAAUACCUCAUUACUCUACAAAAUGGAUUCAAAGUCAAGCAAUCGGUCUCCGACGGACGAAGGGGAGCUGGAAGACGGGGAGAUAUGCGAUGAUGACACCGACGAAAAGGUGCUUAUACAGCAGGAUACAAUGAGGCCUAGUAGUACGAACAACAACUCAUCACGAAAUACACGGAAAUCGAAGCCAUCGGCGCGAAGUUUACCACCUCUUAUGGGUAGCCAGCCUACAGAUUUUCGACUCUUAAUGCCAUACAACCGUGGACCUCAUUCGCACAGUCCCUUCCCCCCGAACCACAGACAGCAAAGCGGACCCGACCGGCCGCCGCCACUGGGGCCUCACUGUGACCAGAGCCCACGUUCCAGCUUCUGGGAACGAAGUCACACAGCCCUGGGUCGAUUUAGGCACCGGUGGAAACCAGACGAUGACGGUCGCGGGGAUUGGGGACGUGGAGGCUGGGGAGACGGAUGUGGUGGAGGGAGAGAGACUGGUAGGGUUCCCCCCGGCCGUUAUGGGCCCGGAGAGAAUCACAGUAACAAGAAAGAAUCUCCCUCGAGAAACAAACAGAAGGUAAUGAUGGGGAGGAAUCAGGUAAGAAACAAGCAGUUGAUGCACCACAACGCUGCCAAAACCGAGAAUGGUGUUAACGAGAGCUUUGAGGACCUGCUCACCAAGUACAAACAGAUUCAGCUGGAGCUGGAAUGUAUUAGAAAAGAAGAAAACAUGGUUCUGAAGCCCGAAGAAGACCUGCCGGCUCUGAACGAGUCUGAGGUUCCUGCCAGCAAUCCCCAGACCGAGCCAUUACCCGACACUAACAGUAUUCCCAAUGACAGCACUGCGGAGGAGAAGAAGGUAUUUCAGGCGUUCAACCUCAAACCUCUACGACAGAAACUCCUCACUCCUGCAGAAAUUGAUGCCCUCAAAACGAAAACGGAAAAGAAAGAUCCGGAGAAAGAGGACAGUGACAUGGAGAGUGAAAGAGGUCCAGUUGAACCAGUUGCUACCCCGCUUGCUAUUCCCAAAGGAGAAGAGGAAAAGGAGGAGAAAGAUGGGUUGAAGAAGGAGGCGAAAGAGAAAGUGGAGAAGGACGCAACAAUCUGUGUGUGCUGCAGCAGCAAAUCUGAGGACCCGAAGAAAGAGGGGGAGACGAAGUAUUCGAAAGUCGGUUGUGUGUGCUGCAGCGAAUCAUCAGAGGACUCCACUCCAUCCCCUGUCAAGCCUAAAGUGAAAGGGAGCAAUGAAGACGAGGAGCUGUCUGAGCUGCAGCUGCGUCUCUUGGCCUUGCAGUCAGCCAGCAGGAAGUGGCAGCAGAAAGAACAGCAGGUAAUGAAGGCGAGCAAGGAGAAGAUCACCAACGCCAAGCCUUCCAAGGAGAAGAUCACCAACGCCAAGCCUUCCCAGGAGAAGAUCACCAGCUCUACAUCCAGUGCAUCCAACCCACCCGAAAGAGGCAGAGUCACCACCAGGUCUGCCUCCUCUGCUGCCUCGGAGAAGGCCAAAGCUCUGGCCAACAAGCCCCAGGAGAAGGCCAAGGCUGGGGCUAAGCCUCCAGUGGAGAAGAGCAAAGCUCCGGUCAAGGGGUAUCCAGGGAGGAAGAUGGUCAGCCCAGGCUCGGUGGCCAAGCAGACGUUCCGGAAGCAGCAGUUGAGGACCUGGAAGCUCCAACAGCAGAGAGACCAGGACGAGCUGCGGAGACAGGAGGAGGAGGAACGCCGCAGGAGGGAGGAGGAGAUCCGCAAGAUCCGGGAUCUGUCCAAUCAGGAUGAGCAGUACAACCGCUUCAUGAAGCUGGUCGGGGGGUCCAAGCCGCCACUGCCGCGCAAUCCGAGCAAGUCCAGAGACAGCGACCACACUAGGAAGUCUUCUGGUAAACAGGGAUUGGACACCUCAGGGAACCUUUACCAGUAUGACAACUACGACGAGGUUGCCAUGGAUACUGACAGUGAGACCAAUUCUCCGGCGUCUUCUCCAGUACAUGAUCCAUUCGAGGUCCCAGGAUGUUUCACUCACAUGCACAUGCCUUUCCCCGUGGACUCCCCUCAAUACAGAAUUGAUUUGGGUCAGCCGCGUUUCCUGUCCGUCAUUCCGUCCGCGCCCCCUCCACCCUUACCCCCAAUGCCCCCACCCCCGGAUGAGCUAGAGCCGCCCCCCAAGCCGCCGUUCGCUGACGAGGAAGAGGAGGAGGAGAUGCUGCUCAGAGAGACCUGCCUCAUGUCCAUGGUCAACAAGAAGGAGAUUACCCUUGACAGCGGCCCCCCCUCUCCCUCCCCCCUGGUCAGUCUGGUUGAGCCGGUGCCCAUAAGCAACCGGAGUGUGGUCAGCCUCAACACAGCACCCCAGCCACGAAACAAAAAGUACAGCCGCGGGCAUCACCACCCCAGGCUCCCACUGGUGCUCCCUCGGCACAAGGCGGUGGUAGUCCAGCUCAACGGUUCAGACGACAGUGACUCGGACACGGAGGCCUGCGGCAGCUCUACACAGACGCAGUUUGUCUUCGGAGGCCUGGAGUUCAUGAUUAAGGAGGCCCGCAGGUCUGCAGAGGCCGCAAAAGCCAAACCGACGUCGGGGUCUGAGGAGAAAGAUCCAGUCAGAACUCCGGAGGCUCUAUCUGAUGCCAAGAAGGCGGAGUAUCGUCUGCUGAAAGAAGAAAUAGCCAGUAGGGAGAAACAGAAGGUUCUGAUGGACCACAGUCCCAGAGCUGUGUCCUCUCCUGCAGGCUCUGAUCCCGAUGUGGACUUUGCUGCCAAGGCAGCGGCCAAGCUACAGCUGACCGAGGCAGAGACCAACCUGACCAAACACAGAAACCUGCUUCUGAAGGACGACGGCAUUCUGAGGCAGCUCUUACAGCAGGAGCAGAAGAAGAAGGAGGCGUUGAAGGUGGCUGAGGCCAAGGUGGCCAAGCUCAAAGAACAGCUCCUUGCCUCGGAGAAGAUAGUCAGCGCCAACAAGACCCUCCUCAACAGGCUCCAGGAACAGGUUCAUCGUGUUCAGCUCCGUGUGUCGGUGAAGAAGAACCACAGCUUGAAGCUGCAGAAAGAGAUGGUCCAAGCCCAGGCCGCCGCAGGCAGAGAGCCAGGGGGUCAGAAACGACGCACGGACGUCAGCCACCCCUCGCCUGUGAAACGUCUGCGGGUGGAAGUCUCUGUCGCCCCCCGCGGGACUGAACGCCACUUCGCCGACCUCCUGGCCCAGAAGCAGCGUCUGCAGCUGCUGGAGUCAGAGUACGCCCUAAAGAUCCAGAAACUGAAGGAGGCCCAGGCCCUCCACAACCGAGGAGCCGUCCCCGAACCCCCGCCACCCCAGGCCACCUCCACCCCAAUCCCCAGGGCUCGCCAGCCCAGUGCCCCUCCCACCAGCCCCUUCCCUUUGCCCCAGCCAUCCCUGCACGACCUCACCCAGGAUAAACUCACCCUGGUCAGCAGUGAGGACAUCACUGAGACUGAAGACAGCGACAUGGAACUCGCCGCUGCAGCCGUGCCCGCCGCCUCCACCCAGAGUGUUCGCAGACGCUCUUUCAGAGAGACGGGCGCCUUCACCAAGCCUAAACUGGAGCCCGGUGGGACUGGGCUGGUCAAGGAUUGUCCAGCCAAGGUGAAGGCCCCUGGGCCUGGGGAGCUGUUCUUAGGGCUGGAGGUGGAGGCCCUGCAGACGAUGGACAAGCAGCAGGCCAACCUAGGAGAGCUGCUGCUCGGGGAACUACGGGCGCUAGGUGGCACUGUGGAGAAACCUCCAGCUGGGAAGGUGAUAGAGGUGGAUGUAGACAUAAUGGCUGCCCAGUCAAGCCGUGCUGAGCUAAAGCCUGUCCCGUUCGGACAAUAUCGCAGCCCUCUCCUGGUCUUCAAGUCUUACAGGUUCAGUCCGUACUUUCGGACCAAGGAGAAGUUAUCACUCAGCUCUGUGUCUUACAGCAACGUUGUCGUGCCCAAAAAGUGUUUCUGCCGCUUCGACCUCACAGGCACAUGCAAUGACGAUGACUGCAAGUGGCAGCAUAUGAGAAAUUGCACUUUCGGUGGAAACCAGCUUUUCCAUGAUAUCCUGUCGUACAACCUGGCCUUGAUUGGCUGCUCGGAGAGCAGUACUACUGAUGACAUCAGUGUUGCCACAGAGAAGUAUUUAAAAAAGCUCUUUGGGACAAAUAAGGAUCGCAUGGGAAUGGACCAGAAGGCCGUCCUACUGUUGAGCAAAGUGAAUGAAAGCAAAAGACAUGUCCCUCCCUUCACAACAUGUAAGGAUCUCCGGAGGUGGAGGCCUCAGCCCACUCGCCAGGCCAGCCCAAGCGCAGGGGACGACAGCGGGGACGAGUGUGCAGACGCCAACCCUGGUCCGGUCAAAUACGACGGUUGUUUCAAGAGGAGUUUGUCUGCUGCCAUGGAUGUGUGUGUGACCCCAGACGACAAGCGCUACUUCAUUAGUGAGACCGACGACAUAUCUAACCUGGAGACCAGUGUCCUGGAGAGCCCCCGCAACGCACAGCUGUGGAUCAAACUGGCCUUCAAAUACCUCAGCCAGAAAGAAACCUCAGUGGCAGAGUGCCUGGAUGCUGCGUUGAACACGCUGUCUCGUGCCCUGGAGGACAACCGGGACAACCCAGAGAUUUGGUGCCACUACCUGUCUCUGUUCUCCCGCCGCGGGAAGAGGGACGAGGUGCAGGAGAUGUGUGAGAUGGCUGUUGAGCACGCCCCCGACUACCAAGUCUGGUGGAGUUACCUAACCAUGGAGAGCUCGUUUGAGGGGAAGGACUAUGUGUGUGGUCGUCUGCUGCAGUACCUACUGGACUGUUCUUGGACUAGUGGUUUCUCUGAGAGGCUCUCCUUCCAGUUGCUGGAGUCUCUACUCUACAGGGUCCAACUCAGCGUGUUCACCGGCCGGCUACAGAAUGCCCUGGCCAUCCUACAGAAUGCCUUGAAGUCGGUCACUGAGCAGUGCAUUGCUGACCACCUGACCGCGAGGGACCGCUGCCUAGUCUGGCUGUCCUUCAUCCACCUGACAGAGUUUGACCGCCUGCCGGCCAGCUUGUAUGACCCAGCCAACUCCAACCCUUCCCGGGUGGUAAGCACAGAGUCCUUCGCCCUCCCCUGGAGAAAGCCGCUCGACGUCCGCACCGAGCCUGAUACACUUAUCGCUGUGUUCGAAGAUGCAGUACGUCAGUGCACAGACCAGACUCUGCCUCCCAGUGAGAGAACUCUGGUCUGUCUGCCUCUAUACACAAACCUCAUCGCCUGCUACAGCCUGCUGGGAAAGUACGAUGCGGGCCUGGAGCUGUGUGAGUCCCUGUUGGCGCUGUGCCCGCAGUCCUGUGUCCUGUUAGAUGCCCUGUCAGGGCUCUACGUGGGGAAGGGGGACUGUGAGCAGGGUGUCUGCGUGUGGCUACGGGCUCUGUCCCAGUGUCCACACAAUGCAGAGGUCUUCUACCACACUUGCAAGUUCUUUAUGGCACAGGAGAAGUCAAGUUGCAUCACUCCUCUGUUCCGAGAGUUUGUCCUGUCUUUCUGUGAUGGGGAGAGAAGUGAACAGAAACCUGUGGAUGUGCUACGGUACAUCCUUGGUAUUCCAACAGAGGACAUCCUAAGAGGCCCAGUUAUCAAAAAGCAACUUCAAGAGCAGCUUAGUCACCAAAAGCCUUACCUGAACCUCGUCCACUGUCUGUGGCAGUGGGUGCACGGUAGUGUUGGGGAGGCGAUGGAUGCUUUCGAGAGAGCCCUGGGAGCCGUAAUGCAGCUAAAUGUCCUUCGAAAGCUAUGGAUGGAUUAUCUCCUUUUUACCAGCAGUAAGCUAGCCGGGAGCCCCUCCAACGGCAGAGAGCUUCGGAUGUUAUCAGACCUGGUCCAGCGUUGCCUAGUAACUGUCCCUUCCAGGCUAGAGGUUCCGUUCAGCUCGGCCCAGUACUGGAGCUGCUUCAGAUUUCACAACAAGGUUAUGUUCCACUACCUGAGCUGUCUGCCCCAGUCCCAGCACCCCCAUAUCCUGGAGAGACUAAAAUACACCAUGCCCACCAACGCUGAACUGGCCCUGAGGUUGCUGCAUCAAGAAUGGCAGGACGGAAAUAUAGAACAUCUGAAAUUCCAGGCCAGAAUGUUGAGCAGUAGCAUUCCAAACUAUCUGGCCAACUGGAAAAUAGCGAUCGCUGUGGAGAGGGAACUCAAGGAGCGCUCCGAGGUCCGGCUUCUUUAUCAGCAAGCCCUGCAAAAGCUUCCACUGUGUGCCACCCUAUGGAAAGAUGUAAUUUCCCUCUCGGUUACUAUCUCUCUGAAACGCACACACUUCUCAACAAAAAAAGUUUGUUUUUUGUCCCACCUGGGAGAUAAUGCACGCAUGUUCACCUCCCCCCCCUUCCCCCUCCUCUCUCUCCCUUUCCAGCGUCUGCUGUUUGAAGCUGCGGAGGGAGGUAAAACUGAUAAACUGAGGAAACUUGUUGACAAAUGUCAAGAGGUGGGAGUGAGUCUAAGUGAGCCCCUAAAUUUAGGCUGGAGCAAAAUGGAGGGAGAGGAUCACUGAGGAUAACCACCCCCACCCCCUCAAAAACUAAAAAAAGGUUAAAUCUAAGUCCAAUCAGACCAGACCACUGCCUAGGUUAGCCAGAGAGAGAGGGGCAGACUCUAGAGGCAGACCCUCCCGCAGUAGGACUGUCUCCAGCCGGGAAAUGUCUGUGGGCAGGACGGUUGCUCGCUCAUCACCGAAGCCAAUGAAUGAACUCCCUCCCUGUCCAAACUCUGGGCCACGCACUCAGGGUUAUAUCACCUUACAUCAUGUACGUAAGUAUAGACCUGCUAACUAAGUGACACGUCUUUGUUUUUCCCUUUUUAAUUUACAUGUUCCUUUUUUUUUUUCUCAUGUCACUUAAUUUUAUUUUUACCUUUACGUACGGGGUUGAAGACUUGACUGACUAUGGCAUCCUAACUGGGAUGUUGACGUGCGUCUGUCUUGAGUGUUUUUAAAGGAGGUUUUCCCCAAAAUAGUGACGCUCGCUGCUGCCUUCUACAGUAUGUAACUUUUUGUUCCAGUGUCUCCCAAGGGAAGAGAUCAAAUUACCUGUUUAUUUCGCUAUUUGUUUUAAUAAGUGAUUAAAAAAAACAUUAACAAUCGCAUGAAAAUUAAAGGGCUGGCCAUGGUGACGUUAAAAUGGCUGCCUGCAAAAGUAUUUAUUUGGCCCCUCAUCAUUGUCCCAUGUAUUUUUGAGACUGCUGAAUGCUGUGAUAUCCCCUCUGCCAGACAAUCGAUCAGCGGGGAAGACCCUUUAAACACAUCACCAGGCGAGGAUAGUCACAAACAUCUAGUUUAAAUGUUCUCAUGUGCAAUUUUGUUUUUGUCAAAAAUAUAUUACAAUGAUUAGGCUAUUUGAGAGGCGCCAAGGAUGAGUGUUUCAACAGUUUUUGUAUGUUGAAUUUGAAUGUGUUUAUAUUAAAUUAUCUAAUGAAA